AGGUGGUCAGGCAGGGAUCGAGAGAGAAGCUGAUGUGGAUGGAAGAGGAAGCUACUGAUACUGAGAGAGAAAAGAAAGAAAGAGAUUUCAGGAAUAUUGCUGUCAAGGAAGAGAGAACCACAUGAAGAAAUACAUAUAUAGUCAAAGAACACCCUGCUUUGACUGAAAACAAGAAAACCAAAUUGGAGAGAGGGGCUGCUAACUCGGGGAUCUUAACUUGGUCCUUGGAGAAAUUAGAAAAACUGAACUCAUUCUGUGGUGUUUUUCCAGCUUCAACGUUUUAAUUCCUCUCGAAUCCUGAGAAGUACAUUUCAUCAAGCGCUCUCCCAGAGUUGUCGUUCUCGCGUCUCCAUGUAUAAAAUGGAUUACUCCUACCUGAACUCAUAUGACUCGUGCAUGGCGGCCAUGGAGGCAUCGGCCUACGCGGACUUCAGCUCCUGCAGCCAGGCCAGCUCGUUCCAGUACAACCCGAUCCGGACCGGGUUCGGUGCCAACCCGGGCUGCGCGCCACUCAGCACCGCGAACUGCACACUGGGGUCCCUGCGCGAGCACCAGCCCACACCCUAUUCCACAGUUCCAUAUAAGUUCUUCUCGGACCCUUCUGGUUUGAACGAGAAGCGGAAACAGCGGCGCAUAAGGACCACCUUCACGAGCUCACAGCUGAAGGAGCUGGAGCGCGUGUUCGCAGAGACCCACUAUCCCGACAUCUACACGCGCGAGGAGCUUGCACUCAAGAUCGACCUUACUGAGGCGCGGGUACAGGUAUGGUUCCAGAACCGGCGGGCUAAGUUCCGUAAGGUGGAGCGUGCGGCCAACUCUAAAUCUGGUAACGGGACCGGGGGCCCAGGAGGGAACAAUGGCUGUACCGGGGGUAAAAAGGGCGAGCCCAGAUCUUCCUCGGAUGACGACGAAUCAAAAGAGUCCAUCUGCAGUCCCACCCCUGACAGCACCGCCUCGCUGCCCGGCUCAGCCAAUGGGAACAUGGGUAGCCCCGCCAGCCUCAGCCCCAGCCCCGCCCCUGCUAACAGUGGCUACGCUAACACCUCCAGCUCCCCCGUUCUGCAGGGGCUCAAACCCCCUGGUUGGCCCAGCCUAGGCCCCGCCCACCCAGGAAUGGCCCAACCCGCAGCCCAGGCUCCAGAGCUGCUGAAGGCGUGGCAGCCGGCAGACAGUAUGACAGGGCACCGAAACAAUGCUCUCAAGACUUUUUUAUCCUGUGUUCCUACUGAGGUUGCCAGGACAACAGCACCACCAUGUGGUGACGUGAACAACCAGCAGCCUGUGGUGUCUGCCAGUGUGUCUCAGUCAGGAUCCAUCCUGGGGACCCACUGUGUGUAG